AUGGGAUACAAAUUAUUCGUGCAUCCCCCAACGAGCUCUCUUCGGAUACGAGCUUUGCAAGCUUCUGUUGCUGUCGUAUCCGUUACGUUGGUCCUAUUCUUUGCGAGUGGAAUGUAUGAAGAGAAGAUCAAAUACGCUUAUAGCUCUCCGUCGCUUGCUAAACCGUUCCUCGGUGCACAAGGUCAAUCACAACGCAAAGUCUCCGGUACUCCCAAUGUGAUGGCUACCAUCCCUCCUUCCUCCAAUCCCCGUGGUGAACUUAUAUUCUCCUCCAGAGUAGACAAAGGUUUCAGGGAAGGUUACGAAAGGUACAGAGCUGCUUUUGAAAGACGAAGAGAGGAGAAAGCUCGGGAGGAAGCUAGAAGGAAUGGUCACGCAAGAUGGCUGACCUGGGCAAGAAGGCGAGACAGUCCCAGUCCGGUUGGCUGGAGGGGAACACCGACACCUCCAAUUUCAAGGAGAGAGACACCACCUCCAGGUUUAGGACCGAUAUCAGGGGUAAGAAGAUCGCCCAGCCCAGGUGAGAGUGGUUUGAGACACAGUUCGCGCCCAAUCUUCGGAGACAAGGAAGGAAGUGAAAGGUCGGAAAGCUACAGCUUUGUUCUUGACCAGGGUCGCACAGGUACUGGGAAAUAG